AUGGCUAUCGAAACCCCAACAGAUGUCUUGCAUACUGUCAAUACUGUCACACAAGCUCUAUGUAUUCCACUCGUGACUAUCUUCGUAGCAUUGCGGUUUUAUACCCGGUAUCAAUUCAAGCAAUCCUUGGGGGUUGAAGAUCUUGCCUGUACAAUUGCUUGGUUUCUAUUUAUGGGAUAUUGUGCAAUAUCCAUCGUCCUCGGUCAACAUGGUGGAGGAUACCCAUUUGCUGAACUUGACGCUAAGGAGCAAAUCGCAUUCAAAAAGUUCUGCUACAUUGCGACAAUUCUCUACUGUCCGAUGGCACUCUUCGUCAAAAUCGCCCUCCUAGCCAUUCUCACCCGUAUCUUCGCUCCCUACCGCGGCAAAGUCUGGUUCAUAUAUAUCUUCCUCGGCUGUUUAUGCUGCUACUACAUCGCCGCCCUGAUCGUCAAGAUUCGUAUCUGCGGCCCCAUCCCCAGAUACUGGCUCGGUGAACAGGUGCCGGGAACCUGCCUGGACCAGACUGCCGCCCUCAUCGCCGACUCCGUGAUUAGUGUCGUCAGUGACCUUAUCAUCCUUAUUCUCCCAUUGCCAUUGACAUGGUCUUUGCAAAUGUCGCGCAAUCGAAAGCUUCGCGUGAUAGGUCUGCUUGGCGCUGGUGGACUGGCCACUGGAUUCAGUCUUUACCGAUUGAUCAUGGUGUUGGAUGGUCAAAGUGAUGAGGGUCUUAUGUUCAUGCGUGUUAUCCUGUCCGGAAAUGCCGAGGGAGGCGUCGGAUUGAUCUGCGCUUGUCUGCCUGUCCUCAACGUCAUGAUUGCCCAUUACAGGAGGAACUAUUCAUCGCAGAAAUACUACCAAAACGGCGGCUCGUCCCAUCCGUUGAGUGAUAGGAAAACGGCCCCGGCUUCUAAUGCUGCUACUGACUGGGACAAGGUGACGAGCUUUGGUGACCAGAGCCAUCUGAUUUCAUUUGCCGGGCCUCCAGAGGGCGUCGACCCUGCCGACUCUAUCCACAACCAUGAUGGGAUUAGGAAGACGGUGGCUGUAUCACAGAGCGUGGAAACACAUUAA